ACAUAAUAAUAAUAAUAUACACACACUAUAGUUAAGUUAGGUUAAGUGAAUUUAACAUAAUGGCUCGUACGAAACAAACAGCGCGGAAAUCUACAGGAGGGAAGGCCCCACGUAAGCAGUUAGCCACAAAAGCCGCAAGAAAGAGCGCUCCGGCUACCGGAGGAGUGAAGAAACCGCACAGGUACAGACCCGGCACCGUCGCGCUUCGUGAAAUAAGAAGAUACCAGAAGAGCACAGAACUCCUCGUCAGAAAGUUACCCUUUCAGAGACUCGUUAGAGAAAUCGCGCAAGAUUUCAAAACGGAUUUGAGGUUUCAGAGUUCGGCUGUGGCCGCUCUUCAAGAAGCAAGCGAAGCGUAUUUAGUAGCACUGUUUGAAGAUACAAACCUGUGCGCUAUCCACGCUAAGAGGGUCACGAUAAUGCCGAAGGAUAUACAGCUGGCGAGGCGAGUGAGGGGAGAACGCGCGUAAAGAAGAAAGAAGAAAUAGCUAGAUUAUAUUUAAAGAAGAAAGAAAAAAGAAGAAAUAGUUACUAUGUAGUAGAUAUAUUAUUUAGUAGUUAAUUAAAUAAGAAGUGAAUCUCCGACAAAGCCCUUUUCAGGGCUGCAAAA